AUGUCCAAUAUACAAUACAUACUGCUCCUCUCAAUUUCUCUCAUCAUCAUUUGGAAGCAACCAUCAAUCUUCGCCAAAAUAAUCAACAUAAAAGAUCAAAAGCCCAUUUCAACAGAUCUUACACGCGUCCCAAUCAGCGAAUACCCUCUCUCCUGCGACCUUCCCACCACCCGCUUCAAUCCUGCUAAUGGCAUGGUAUUUUGCUACCCCUCCAGCGGUGGGCUCUGGAUGACCUCGCUUGACGCAGUUUUGCUGCAGUAUCUUGAAAUUGAUCGAUUCAACGUUUCUCAUCGUUCUAAGGACCAAGCCGCGGAAGAUGCCUUCUGCAGUUCACUCCGUCUGUUCGGUGGUCAGUGGGUAAGCUCCUCGCGGCUGAACUACUGGACAUAUGAUGCCUGCUGGAAAAUGGAAUCAUUGCAUUACAGUCGAGCCUCCACUACUAUUUCGCGGUUCGUUGGGCUUCCUUCAAGCGGAGGGGUAUUCGUGUGGGACUGGAAGGGCGAGCCACAGACAAUAAAGGAUAUGAACAAGUUGCGCGAUCUAUGGAGCAAAUUGGAUUUGACUUUGUCAAUGGAUGAAUACGCAAUGGUGUUGCAGAAUGCGGGAGCCCAAUAUUGUCCUGAUGUUGGGAAUUGUCCUGCGUUGGAGGAUUUGAAAUUUGAGCCCGGAGAGUGGAAAAGCGAGAUUCGAAAGAGAAAGCGGGAAAAGGAAAGGGAGCAAAUCAUUUGGUUUUCUUGAUUGGCACUUAAGAGCUAAUAUCAACAAACACCACUAACGGGGCAAAUGCUGUCAUCCUAGCAAACAAACAAAAGAAAGCGCUAGCGUGGUCACACAUGCCAUGGACAACACCUCUUUCUCCUGUAAAUAUCAUUCUCUUCUUCUUUCCAGAUUCGAUAUUUUCAUCUAUG